AUGACACGUGGCCCAUGGCCUUGCAAGCUUCCCACCAACAUGUCGCUGGCUCAGGGGGAGGGGCUGGAGAUGACGCAGCCAAGGUUGGGCUCCCCGCCUCAAGCGCAAGUGCACGAGGCCUCUCCGACUUGUGUCACAGCUGCUGCGACUUCGGCAUGGGACAACGUCCCUCGCGGCACCGCUAACUGCUCGUACGGGUCUGACGUGGCAACGAAGAACGCCAUCGCAUCAUGGGGGCAGGGAAUGCGAUAUGGCACUGGAGGGGGAGUGUUCGCUUCGAUUCGUGGGGUUCAUACUUCAUGGCAGCUCAUGAAUGAAACAGAAGCAGCGAGCGUAAGGCAGAAAGCUUGUCUGUCCCUCGGACUUAGCCGGCCGAGAGCCGUUGAUGGCAGCGAGGAGGUGAAUGCUCUCGUCGGCUCGCGACUUCCGAGCUCGAUCUCUGUCUUGGACACUGUGGAACAUGGCAUGAGGCGGAUCAACGAUCAGCUGUCGAGGCCGUUGGAUCAUCUGGACAAGAAGGACAAGGGCGGAGAGUCCGGCAGAGUCUCUUCGUCAGCGUGGUGGGUGGGAAAGGAGCUCCCUGGAAGGAAGGUCACUCGAAACAGCCAUGAGGCGAACGUAUACAACCCGCACGGCAGCGCCUUCUCCUUGUGGUCUUCGCAUGCGAUACAACAGGAGGCAAGGCGGAAUGAUUUCGUCGUGAUGGCCACGGAAGACACUGAAGGAUGGCGAUGCGGCUCGAGCUAUCAUGCCGGUGAUGACAAGGAGCUUCCGAGCUUGCGCCAUCGAGUCGCGUGCGGGUCAGACGACAACAACAAUGGCGAAUGGUAG